UCGCUACUCAGCCAACGAAAUACGUUUGUUCGGCCUUUCGCCGCCAGGGUGAUUGUGAGCGUGAUCGCAUUGCUGCUCAGAAUUCUAUAAACAACACACGCUGGCCAGUAGACCGGCUACGAUCAAGCAGCCCCAGUCGACGUGGUUACUGCUUGGACUGUGAUUCCUUAUUUCUUGUAACCAGCGAACAUCCGGACCACCGUUCGCAUCAGUGCCAUAUCGGGCUUACUGACGAACUUUUGAACAUGCCCACUUAUUUGUUGACACCAUUAGAAAAGUCAGAAUCGAAUGCGGUGCGCAGCUUGGUUCGCUUGGAAUAACUUUUUUCCUUGCAGCAGUACCUAUACUCAUUAGACACUCUUAAUGAAUUGUAUUCAGUCCUCCAUCGGUUGAACAUUCAGUUCGUUGUAUGUGUCGGCUGUCCGCGUCUACAUGAAUUUAUCCAAUUGGAACGACGGAUCAAGGGACAGAAAAUUGACUCAUACCUUCUUGACAUUGAUUUCCGGCUACAAUAUUUCCACAAGCGCCACUUCUCCCGGUACAACAUGGUCAACCAUCAUUUCUUCUCUUGUGAGCAUCGUUCACAGUUUCAACAAUUUUGUCAACAUAUGGAUGAGAAUGGUCUUAUUUUCUGUGAUCCGCCUUUUGCUGCGCCUCUGAGGUUAUUGCUCGAUCAGUUGGCUAGACUCGGAGACAUGCUCCCCACUACUCCUGUAAAUCAUGGCAGCAUGGUACAAAACAGUCAAACUUUUCCAUUAUAAUUAUCGUUUGCAGAAUUCCAAUCGUCAUGUUGUCUUUCCCGUCAUGAUCACUCUGCCACACUUCUUUGAUCGGAAGCUGAAAAAGAUUAAUCCCUUGUAUACUCUAUUGGACUACAAGGUUGGUUGGUUACCCGGCCUGUAUAUUCUGUCAAACUUCUCCAGGUUACCUACACAAAUCACCGGCGUUUCGAUGGGGGCACAUCGACAGAGACUACGCAGUCUGGUCGGCGCAGGGAUUCAGUCGUGCGCAUAUUCACAAAUUUGCCGGCCUCUGUGGUACAACCCCCGGAGAGACUGAAGUCACAAUUCAGAUAUUGCCAACCGUGUUCGCGCUAUUCAGCACUCAACAAUCGUCACUGUGGUCUUUGUGGUCGUUGCCCCACCAAGCCGUCAACAAAUCCAACUGCUACGUGCACUCCGAACCAGUCGCUACAUUGUGAGCGAUCCUUUGAAAGCCUGUGUAUUUGUUCCAAGCAUAGACCUACUGAACGGAUUGAGUUCAAACUUUGCACAUUCCUUACAGGUACUUAGCACCCUUCCCUGGUGGGAUGGAGGAGCCAACCACUUACUGUUCGGAAUGUUGCGAGGGAAAUACUCCGUUUUCUCUGGAAAAGCAAUCAUUGCCCACGCGACUCACUCAAAGUGGACUUAUCGUCCGACAUUUGAUGUAUCCAUUCCGGCAUACAAUCCGCUUUACGACAUCACGCCUUCAAGCUCUGCUCCUGUUUUCAGAGAUACUCACAUUUUAACCGUCUUGCCAGUGGCGAAUGCAGAUCCGGCUACCAUUAAACAGUUGCUCCUAGCCCACAGAAUCCCAACCUUUCCAGGAAAUGCAUCUGUGUUGGUUCUUGAUCCUGUUCUGCCUCAAUCACGUUCAUAUGGAACCCGAAGUGCAUCCCUCUCUAUCAGUCCAUAUGACCCUCCUUCUCGAACAAUUGUGGACUAUGGAGAGGCUCUUGUGGGGAGCCUCUUCUGCCUCAUCAUUCAGAUUCCACCAGUCGGUCAGUUCGCCCUGUUUGAUUCUAUGAGUGCGGGCUGUAUACCGGUGAUUGCUGACGAUAACUUUAUCUUGCCGUUCUCUGAAGUGUUGGACUGGUCCAAAAUCGCCAUUCGUGUGCGUCACAGUGAGCUGCACAAAAUCGUCACGACGUUGACCUCCCUCAGUUCCCAGGAAAUUGCUCAGUUUCAGCGUCAAGUGAAGUUCAUUUUCAACCGCUACUUUUCUACGAUUGAGAAAAUUGUACACACCACUUUGGAUAUAAUCAAUGAUCGUGUCUUCCCCUACUAUGCUCGGUCAUAUGUUCAAUGGAACAGUCCAGAUUACAUGGAGAACGCACUACCGCCUCCACCACUUUUGUUCUACCCACCUCGCUCAUCGGUGCACGGUCGUUUAACCGCACUGAUUCGCGCCCGGGAUCACUUUGGGUUGUUGCAUCAACUUCUGUUAAAGUUACAGCUUGCUUCUUCACUACAUCGUAUAGUCGUACUGUGGACCAAUCCGAGAAUCCCUAUUCCAAACCCAUCCUUAUGGCCUGCUUUGCGUGUCCCCCUGACGGUGCUACCAUUCAGCCAAUUAUUACACGGUCGAUACUAUCCAUUUGCUCAAAUUGACACCGAAGCUGUGCUGUCGCUGGAUGAUUCGACAUGUUUGCCAGACCUGCAGCAAAUCCAAGCCGGUUUUGAGCUCUGGUGUCACAAUCCAGAUCGACUAAUUGGUCUGACGAACGGUACGAUUGUCGGUUCAGCUCGAAAGUUAUCCGACGAGGCCUCCUCUCUCAGUGCUGUGUUCGGCCUCACCAUAUUUCAUAAGCACUAUCUACACUCAUACGCAGAACUUCUAUCCAGCAUGGCGAUUCGACCUGUUAAUCAAACCGGUGCAUGUGAAGAGUUACUGAUGAAUUGGCUCAUCAUUCAACUAUCUGGUCGACCGGUACUCACUGUUCGUGACAGUCGACUCACUCCCGUUUCACCGGCGUCGUGUCAUUUGCAAUCGAGCAUGGCUUGUUGGACAGAUCUCUCCGCAACCCACCCCUACUUCACAACAAUACUGUCUCGCGGUCGAGCAUUCCGAAUUGCACCAUGGACCGUAUCAAGUUUUGGUUAGCUUCACAGUCCCGGUUAUCUCGCGUCUUUCCACUUCAACUCUGCCUCUACUUUGUUUCACCUCAAAACUGUUGAUUCUUCUUCCAGCCAUCCUUUCCCUUUGUAUGGAUUUUGCACACACUACUUUCGACGGAACAUUAAUUUUUUUAUCUUUCAGCCCAAGAAUUGCAAUUUUUAUUUCUGCUUGUGCAUUUACAUAAGAAAUCGUUAGACUUUUGUCUCCUCAAUGAAUGCAGUCAGG